CACUGCUCUCAAAACCUUAAGCUGUUUUUGAAGACUAAAUCUUGCUAAGAUACUGGGAAUCUUCAUCAUGAUGCGUAUCUCUAACUUUCUCUUAAUAUGUGUAAUAACAUUUGGAAUAUGCGAGUUGCGCUCAGCCGGGCCUCUUCAUGCACAGUGCAAAGUGGAGUGGUAUUUCGGUCUUCCUUGCAGGAGUGUCUAUGAAGCCCUGGUUACGCAGAUUAAAAAGUGGAGGACAGCCUCAACCUGUGCCACAGGAGGACAGAAAUGCCUGUACAAGUUGCAGUCCGCAUCUGUGCACUUCAUUUCCGCCAAACAUACUGCAGCAGUAAAGAAAUAUGUUGAAGACAUCAACUUCAGACUUGUCUCUUAUGGUUUCUUUCACUGUCGUGUUUCGGCCAUGUCAGUAGCAGAGACCUGGUAUGCUGUCACAGAUCACGGCACCAACUAUUGUAACCUCUACAACUUAAUGGAAGGUAGUGGACUUAUUGAAGCUCCAGGAUAUAAAGAGAUCACAAGUGACUUCCUCUGCACUCAGCGUUCAUCUGCGGAUUGUUCUGUGUAUUAAUAUUCUGUAGUUGAUUUAAAACAAACAAUGUAAACAGUUCAUUGAAAACUGUAUGGUUCACACAGUAUAUUAAAAAUACUAAUACAUCUUUUGGCUGGUGUUUAUAA